GAAAAUCUCGCCUUUGAUGGAAAGACACACAUUGAUUUGCACUAACGUCAUUCUUGCGAAGUCCAGUAGACAGGGAGAUUGAGUGAAGAGGCUACAGGGCGUUGUUGUUGUUAUUGUAACUCUCCCUGCAAGCAGAGCCGUCGCGAUCCAGACCCCCACACGCUCGCUUUGCGGUGUGGACCUUGGCACACAGACCAAAGCAAACGCUACCCGAGACGAUGCAAGCCGUGGACGAGUACACGGAUUACUCGUGUUCUACGUCGAUUGAACGCUUGGCGCGUGAUGUGGAAACCACGCUACGCAAUUGGCACGUACACGAAAGUGAUCGGCACGUUUCCGUGCGCGACAAGGAGUCGCAACAGUUGUCCCCGAUGCAACGUGGCGUUUCGGCUGCGACAGCAAGCGUUAUCGCUAGUCAAACGGGUAAUCGGCACCUUCCACACGAAGAUGUCAUUCGAACAACGGCGAUUUCUUGGAAUAUCUCGUACUAUCGGGUCGACGGUAUGAAAAUAUCGGCCAAUGUCGAUUUGGAUUUAACACUUUGGGACGGACCAGCUUUGCGGAGGACAAACUUGACCAGUAGUGCUACGUGUUUCGACGCGACCAAAAGCAAGCACGCGACAAAGGAAGGCGACUUGCCUUACAGCCUCCAACGGCUUUCGUUUCUGAAUGAGCUCCCACACGCUUUAUUCGACGACCUUUCGGCCCUGUUUGGUAUUGGACAGCAUAUUACAUUGACACCGAAGCAGCCGGACCAUAUUGAUGGUGAUCUGCUGAAUCACCUGGCUGAAUCAUUAUCGCAGCGGCACACGCAACCUAGGACUGCCGUUCCGGCACUCCUGCAGGUUCUGUCGUCGUGGCUACAGACCGCGUUGAACAUGGCUGUGACGUCCUGUCAAUGCAUCCUACCCGUCUUCGGGAUCUGGGGUUGCUAUCGCAAGAAAUCUACUCUGCUUCAACAAAAUAAUUUCACGACACAUCGUGGGGUACUGACACCUCUCUGGCUACGAGCGAUUCCAGAAAUGGAACAGACUUGGCAACGUUAUCAAAAUCGGCAGCGCAAAUUUCGGAAUCGUCGCUCCACGGUUCACGUGAACACGCAACAUGCUGCUCCCAUUGUUGCAGGACACCUAUUGGCUGAUGAAAGCGUGGCUGCCAAAUUUUCUUUGCAAAUUUUACCGGCUUCUUUGUCGACUUGGAAUACGACUGAUCGACCGUUACGGUGGUCGACUUGGGCUAGACUGCUUCAGCGACAUACACAGACGAAAGAGGUUGCUCUCUGGGUGGCUCGACACAUUUAUGUCUGGGACAAGCCCCAAGCAUAUUCCCGGCAUCGUCUUUUACUCGAGCCAAAUGUGAGUUACGAUGACCUAUAUAACGCCUGGCGAAGAGAUCGCGUCCAGAACGCUAAUGUGAAUCUCACUACGGAGAGUGUCGAUGAGUACCGUGCGGAGUGCCGCGCCUUAGUUCUGGAUAUUUUAGACCAGGCCUGGGGCGCGAAAGCCAAACGCGAACCACUGUGGGGUCCACACGAUGAUCCCGUUGCGGCUGUGCACGUUACUGUUUCCUGGAACGAUCGGUCCCUUGGUACCGACGGGGAACAGCCACUACUUGCCUUGCCACUCAAAACACGUUCCAAGCGGAAUAUGACAGAGUCGGACUUGAUAGAUGCAGAACAAACAAUGGAAGAAUCCCUCUUAGAUCCUAAAAAACCGAGUUCCUUUGCCGUCCAAGUCUACUACGAUCACGAAACCCCGCAAACGCCAUUGGCUGCCACACAGCGGUGUGUGUUGGCGGCUUUGAUUCGCACUGCGACGCUUCCAGAAGAAACAAUGUUGUCACAUCUAGUGGACGAAACUUUGAUGGACCGAUGGGAUGGUAGUGCUGGUAAUGUUGUGGCCAUGAAUUUGGGUAACAAAGCCCAUGUCAGCCAGUUGACGCAAGCACUGGUCGCUGCCAUGGACUGGACGCACGCUUCUGAAGAUAUGAUCGAAACUUGGCAGGCCGACGAGAUUAUUGAUAGUAUUAUGGAUGGAUGCUUAACGCUUCGUUUUCCUAGUCCACCCGAUGUCGUCUUUACUGAUUCUGCUCCGCCUAUUGAUCAUGCCUUCAAGCCGAUCCUCAAGUCAGCCUAUCCCGGGCGGCUUUUGUCGAUUCUCUUUUCGCAUAUGGCCCGGGUCCGGUCACCUUCUUCGAUGGCAAGAGUAUGGAAGAUGUUCGUAUUGGAAUUGCGGAGGCGAUGGGAUGCGCGGGAGAGCUUGCCCAACAUGACUUACAUCCCCGGGCUGGAUCCACCACAAAAUGAGGCCAACUCAAAACGAUGCUUCUCGAGUAUCGGAGUGUGGGCCAGCUUGUCGGCGCAAGUAAACAGCUCCGAACCAGACCCAGAUGAUAUCAACUGUUUGAUUGGACAAAAGUUACAGGUAAGGGCUGUCACAACGAUUCAAAAAUUGGGUCUAUCUACUGUCCUAACGGAAAAGUGUUCUUUUGCUUUCCAGGUUUUCAACCUGUGUUUGGAGUCGGCUGUUGCAUCAGAAAUUCGUGAAGUUGAACAAAUUGAAAAACGCCAGCGCUUGGAAAGUAGUGACGAUACGACUAUCAAUUCGUUCGGACUUGCGCCGCGGACCAUAUUGAAGUCGACUGGUACGCGCGCUGAAACGUUUUCGCAGCCAGGGGAUGCAAAGCCAACAAAUACUCUAUCUAGUGCGUCGAGGCACAGUGAUGCCAAGCAAGCAGCAACGAUUGCAACAACUCGAACUCUUUUUCAUGGAUCAAUGGUAGAUGGCAUGCCAGAAAUCGAAUCACCAGACCGUUCUCUGGAUGACGAUACUAGCACCGUUUUAACAUGUCAGUUCUUCGAUGCGGAAGAAGUUGACGAAGUACUGUUUUCCUCCAAUAUGUCAAGGGUCGAUAUGGAGAAAUCCUCACUUGGCAGUAUCGACCAUACCCAAGUACGUGAACGCAAAGGCGCAAGAUGUCCGAUGAAAAAUAUCAAUCUGUUGGAGACUGGCGACCAGCUAUACGCUCCCUAUUUGCAGAGGCCCUACCCUUUGACUGAUGAUGUCAUCACACAGCGACGGAUGAUGCUUUUGAAGCAGAAAAGCAGCGGGAAAGCAAGCAGUACUGUGCUGAGACGAAUGGAAGUUGCGCACCUGCUGCAAAAGCCGAAGCUUCUCAGCGACAUGCAAGCUUUUAAAGCUGCAAACCCGAAUGCUAUCUUUCAAGACUUUGUUAAUUGGUAUGGCAACCCGAGAGAUCCGCUGGAAGAAUAUGAGGAAUCAUUGUCUUUGGCCCUGCGUCCUGGAACCAGCGAUACCAUCGAAACAAAGCUGGACAAGGCUAAGGAAGGAAUUUAUGUACUGUCUAUGACACGUGAUUUUUGGACUGGGACAUGGAAAGAAGCGAAGCCACUAUCUGCAUCGUUUCAGGAGCCUUUGUUUGAUGCAACUAUGACCGUCGAAAUGAUGUUGGACUUCCUUGAAACGUUACACCCUGCUACUCUGCUUUGCCAAAUAAUGGCAGUAAAUCUUACAGCUGCCUACUUUACUUUGAGCAUCUCAGCUGGAGAAGCUACUAACAUUGAAAGCGUAAUGGCGGCACUGGAGUAUCUCCGUGGGAAAGUGGAGCAAGCUUGUCAACUCAUAUCGGUGGAUACUACUGCUGGAAGUGGGCCAAGAGAGAAAGGGGAGGACGAAUCCAAGGAUGUUUCCUGUCGCAUUGUGUCGGUUGAGUCUCUCUCUGCUUGCGAAAAUGCCUGCGUCGCUAUUGGCGAAGCGGAGUUCAUAAUUUCGAAAGCCAAGUCGCUACUUCACAAGUUUCCUGGUCAAUAUCAGUUUGUCGAAUGUAUUUUGAAGAAUCCCGAAGGAUGUGUAGCUGAUCUGUGCGGCGAAAAUGGGCGUCGUGAUAUAUUGAAAGCCAUUGUAGAGCAGCAACAACGCGUCACCGGAACGACUCUCAGCGUUCCGCCCGUACCCUUUGCGCGAGAGUACGUACUUCGAAACUACGAUGAAACUAAGCCCUGCCAGCUUGCUGUACGUCAAAGUAAUAUUGGUUUGGACGGGGCAUGUAACGGCUUAGUGCUAGCAUUGGGCAAAUGCAUUAGAGAAUAA